CUAACUUGAUUUUCAUCUGAUUGUUUGAUCUUAGUUAAAUAAAAAUAAAAAAUCAAAUAUUUUGUGGAUCAGACUGUCUAUCGACUAGGUUGGUCGAUUUAUCAUAUUUUCUUAAAACAAAUAUAUUAUGCUUAUAUUAUAAAAUUUCACAACAUUGUUUAUAUUAUUUCUCUAAAAAGCAUGAUAAUUCAAUAUAAAAAUUGUAUCUUUAUUGAAAAAUGUUACUGCAUAGCAAUUAGUUAUGCCUAAACAUUAGCUACAUAUAACAACCUUACCAUUAUGCAACUACCACUUUUAGCAUAUUCAAACUCACUUUUAUCCAUAUUGACAAUUUGAUCAUAGUUCAGUCUUCAGAAGCCAACAAAGAGGCCAACAAAACUAGAAAUUAUGCUCAUCCACACAUAAAAGUCAUAAUCAUUUUACUAAUUGGGAGGUCGAAUUUAGUGAAAAGGUUAUCCUAUUCAAUUUCAUCCUCAAAAGUCAUUAAAUCGUUUCUUAUUUGGGACGUGAAGAAUAUUAAACAGGUGGGCCCAAAAAAAUGGGCCGCUCAAAGAAUGUGGGCCCACAACGCCAGCUGUGCAAUUACGAUUACUCGAAGUUUUUUUCUUUUGGUUCUCUUUCUUUCUGUUGAAAACUUGAAAGUUGAAAUUCAUCCAUGGCCGAGAUCUGAAUUCUCUCUCUCAUCUCUCUCCCCACUCACAACUCACAAGACUCGAUUUUUCUUCUAAAAUUAUCUUCUAUAGUUCUUAUAGAGUAAAAUUGAUACCUUCGGAUUUUCAAGUUUUGUAACUUUCACGAUCUAAAGCUUCAAUUGGAAGGAAAAUGGUGAUUUGACUGCGAUCUAACAACUCCGUAUCAGCUCAUAGUGUUUGUUGAUUGAACUCCUGAGAGUGUCAUCAGUGAAGCCUGUUUAUCUACGUUGAUUAGUCUUAUAACUACGAUGAAAUGCAAGAUAUUGAUUAUUUAUAUGAUCUUUAGUUUUGCAGAAAGAUUUUGAGUUGUCUUUGUUGUUUUCUCAGGAUAUUUACAUAUGUGACUCGUGAGCAUAAUUUUGUCAGAUGGGUAGCUCCAAAGAUUUGAAUUCUUGAAAUACGUUUGGCAUUUUUUAUUUUUUGUUUUUGGAGUUCAGUGAAGGACAAUUGAGGAAAAUUAGCAAAAUGGGUAGGAAAGGAAACUGGUUGUCUUCAGUAAAGAAAGCUCUCAGCCCAGAUACUAAAGAGAAAAAGGCAAAGAAAGAUAAUAAAUCGAAGAAAAAAUGGUUCGGAAAAGAAGAGCAGCAGGUAACCGAACCUCCAAAGCAAGAAGCGGCUCAAAUUUCUGAUCCUCACCCUUUUCCACCUUUGGAGGAUGUGAAAUUAGCAGAAAUUGAGGAUGAUGAGCUGGCAAAACACGCUUAUAACGUGGCAGUUGAAACACCGGUGGAGGCUGAGGUGGCAGUUGCGCCAUCUCAGCUCGCUGGAAAAUCAGCUGAAGAAAUAGCCGCCAUCAAGAUCCAGACGGCAUUUCGUGGUUACCUAGCUCGGAGGGCAUUGAGGGCUCUAAGAGGGCUCGUCAGACUGAAAUCACUGGUUGAUGGGCCCACAGCCACACGCCAAACGGCGAAUACUCUGAAAUGCAUGCAGACAUUAUCGCACGUUCAGUCUCAGAUACAAUCGAGGAGAAUAAGGAUGUUAGAGGAGAAUCAAGCACUACAGAGACAGCUCCUCCAGCAACGUGCUAAAGAGCUCGAGGGUCUCCGAAUGGGAGAGGAAUGGGAUGAUAGCCUACAAUCGAAAGAGCAAAUUGAGGUGAACUUGCUGCACAAAUACGAAGCUGCAAUGAGGCGUGAAAGGGCAUUAGCUUAUUCAUACACUCAUCAGCAAACAUGGAAAAAGUCAUCCAAGACGACCAACUUGCUGUUCAUGGAUCCGACCAAUCCCCACUGGGGCUGGAGCUGGUUAGAACGUUGGACUGCAGAAAAUUCCCAAAAUGCCCUCAAUAAAGAUAACGACGUCAAAACCUCCGGUGGAGGAGGUGACAUCACAAAUUCCUUUGCCCGACAUCAGCUCAAUCAAUCCUCACCCAUCAGCCUAAAAAAACCUCCUUUCUCCCCAAAAUCAUUGGCCUCUAUAGCUUCCAAGAAAAUCAAGCCUGCAAGCCUGGUUAGUCAAGAUGAUGAAUCAAAAAGCACUUUUAGCGUGCAAUCGGAGAGGAAUAUUAAUAGGAGGCACACUAUUGGUGGUGGCUCGUCUAUUAGGGACGAUGACAGCCUGGCGAGUUCUCAGAACUUGCCGAGUUAUAUGGUGCCAACUCAGUCAGCCAGGGCUAAGUUGAGGCUAGCUAGUCCAUUGGGGAUCGAAAAUGGCGAUUUUAAUAGUAAUAAUAAUAAUAAUGGUAAUAGCGACGUUACGCCUCAAAAGGGUUUGGCUAAAAAACGGCUUUCUUACCCGCCAUCGCCAGCUAGGACGAGGAGAAAUACGGGCCUGAAAAAGGUUAGUGAGACGGUUGUCGUUUGAGAAGAGAGUGAUUUUGUGAACGUUUUUCACGAUUUGUGUUUUGUUUAGUUUUCAAAUUUAUUAUAUGGGUUUGGGGUUAAUUUGCUUUGGGUGUUGAGUGGUUUUCGGGGUUAUCGCGAGUUCUUGUGUGAGGUGGACUAAUCGUUAAGAUAAGUCGGACCUUGUUGUUACACUUUUUCAAACAAGAAUGCAUAUUUAUGGUAUAGGGUUUUGUAUUGUUUUCUGGUAUAGGGUUUGCUUUUCAUGUUUUUUUUUCUACAUUUUUUUUUUGAACAUUCUGAAAGUGUUAUUGUGUCCGAUAUAACUAAUUGAUGUGUG